AUGCUCGCUCUGGGUGGCUGGUGGAACUGGCUUUGUCAAAGUUACUCCCCGUGGCAGGUCGAGUUGGUAGUUACCGUCUUUGUCCAGCUUAUCGGGUUCUGGCUACCUGCAACCCUCUACCAACUCGUCGACAUUUGCUUCCCCGAAUUCUCCAAGGCGCACAAACUUCAGCCUGAGCCACAUCGACAGCCUACCCGUGCCGAGAUUAUCCACUGCAUCCGCUACGCCGUCUUAGUCACUCUUGCGGACAUUGCUUUCCAAAUUGGAUUGGGCUAUCUGACCGACUUCCGCCCCAUCUUCGUCAUUACGACUACUCUGCCCACGUUUAAGGAGAUGGUGAGACACUUCGUGUGGGGCAACAUUGCACACGAGGUGCUGGCCUACUAUGUCCAUCGUAUUCUUCACCUUCCCCGAUUUUACGCUCGCUACCACAAGCUUCACCACAGUUUCCCUGCCCCCAUUGCAUUUACGGGUCUCUAUAGUUCUCCAGUGGAACACUUCUUUGCGGACAUUAUACCAACUGUUUUAACACUCGCUCUUGUGGCUCACUAUUAUGAACCAGUACACAUUCUAUCUUUCAACUGCUUUUUGAUUAGUGUGCUAUUUGUAGGAACGGUGGAACACAGUGGAUAUGAUUUCGCGCAGCCCCCCCUUGUCAAAGGUGCACGAUCUGCAUCAUGA